GGGGCGCGGGGCCGGGGGUGGAGGGACACGGGGCACAGCGCGGACCGGGAGUCCCACGGCGCGGCCACGCACGUUGCUCCCACGCGGGGCGGCGCCGCGCCCGACAGUAACUCAGGGCUCGCCCCCGCCAGCCGCUCCGCUUCCGACGCUUCUGCACCGGGCCGCGCCCCCGCCUCCAAAACACCCUGACCGCCCCACGCCUGGCACGGACACCGACCGCGUCUUUCCGGCUGCUGCCCUCCAUGCUGCCCACGCACAGACCCGUCUCUGCCGGAGGCUUUCCGUGAUAGCACCGGGACCACUGACAGCGCCGCUGGAAUCGCCCCACAGGACCCGACAAACAGGAGCCACCAUGGAUCUGGUCCUGGAGGCGGCUGACCGGAACCUUCUCACGCCCUACGUGUACCCCAGCAGCUGGCCCGAAAGUGACCCCUUCCGGCAGCUCCUCAGCCUCUUCGUCCUCACCAACCUGGGAGCAAUCGUUCUCUACCUGCUCUUCUGCACCCUCAGCUACUACUUCAUCUUUGACCACAAACUGAUGCAACAUCCCCAGUUCUUAGAGAACCAGGUACGUCGGGAGAUCACCUGCGCGCUGAGCUCGCUGCCCUGGAUCAGUGUGCCUACCGUUGCCCUGUUCUUUGCCGAGGUGCGAGGCUACAGCAAGCUCUAUGACAACAUUGAGGAUUCCACAUACGGCUGGCCAGGUGUCUUCUUCAGCAUGCUGUCCUUCCUGUUCUUCACCGACAUGGGCAUCUACUGGAUACACCGUGGCCUCCACCACAAACACUUCUAUAAGCGCUUCCACAAGCCCCACCACCUGUGGAAGAUCCCGACGCCCUUCGCCAGCCACGCCUUCCACCCCGUCGACGGCUUCAUGCAGAGCCUGCCCUACCACAUCUACCCCUUCCUCUUUCCCCUGCACAAAGUCACCUACUUGGGCCUCUACAUCUUUGUCAAUAUCUGGACCAUCUCCAUUCAUGACGGUGACUACCGCGUCCCGCGCCUCCUGCAGCACAUCAUCAACGGCUCGGCUCACCACACUGACCACCACCUGUACUUUGACUACAACUAUGGGCAGUACUUCACCCUCUGGGACAAGAUUGGGGGCUCCUACAAGAGCCCCACAGCCUUCGAGGGCAAAGGCCCCCAUGACUACUUGCACAAGCUACAAGAGAAGAGCCUAGGGGCACCCAAUGGCUCCCCAGCUGCCAAGACCGAGUAGGAUUUCCCGUGGCUCAGCCUCUCUCUGGGAUGAGAUUCCCGGGCUUGAUCUUAUCCCAUUUCUCCCUUGCCACUCAAGACUACUUCCCUAUGGACAAAGAGCUUUUGCCUCUGAUGGCACAACCAGCACAGAGUGAUUCUUGGUGAUCGCUUUGGUCCCAGUCAUGAAAUGGCAGUGUCAGGGCUCACUCUAGGCUGUGGAGCUGCCCUCCUUCCUCUAUCAGUCCCCCUCCCAGCUGCCUUUGGAUCUCCACCGAGCUCCCUGCACUACUUCAGCACUGCGCUGCUGCUUUACAAGAAGAGCAGCACUAUGGCACAAGCAGAACAAUGACAUGGCACAAACUGAACAGUAAUGUGGCUCCUGGCAGAGUCUCCAUCCUUACCACUUGUCUUUAGCUGUGAUUCGGAAACGCAGAGUCCAUCAGGAUGAGCUGAGUUGAAUCAAGUCAAGAGGAGUUUUUUUCCUGAUCUGUAUUUUGCAAAACAAGCUCACACACCUGUUGGAGGCAGCGUGGGUCCUCCAGACAGCUUGGCCUCAAGACAUGGCAGGGCUCCUCGACGCUCAACCUGCUCCCUUCCUUUUGCCCGAGGACAUUCCAUGGGGCUCUGAUGGGACGCAUCCCAGCCUGUUGGACAAAGAUGUGCUUUUAGCACUGUGGGUCCCUCAAGCAGUCUGAAAACAUUGAGGGUGAGGAGAGGAGGAACAGGUGACCUGAGGCAAGGGGUGGGGGUCUCCUCACUCGAUGGUUUGUGGCUGGCUUUCCCCCUUAAUGCCCAGUGUGUUUCCUCCUGAAGCCGGGUUUCUCUGCCUUUGGGUUCUGCUCGCGUUCAUUAAAUUGCCAACUUAGCUGCC